UGAGUGUGUGUAAUUCUACACUGUGGUGCAAUUUUGCGUUUAUUAUUUUUCGUUGAUUCUUGUGUAUAAGUUGAAUGUGAUUCUUUUUCCUUUGCAGUAAUACAAUAAAUUUAUUUGUUACGUUUUUUCUCUCUAUAUUCUCUACAAGCUAAAAAUUUUCAUUUAAACAAAAUUAAAAAAUAUUUCCAUUCCAUUCGGAGCACAUAAAAAUAUAUUUUUUGGAAUACUGUAAAAAAAACUUGAUAAAGAAGAAAAAAUGUCAUCAAACAAUCAAGCUGAUCAUCCUGCUGGGGAGAUUUUCGAUGACAUUGAACACGAUGUUAACUACCAGCCACCACCGGAAAAGACCAUAGAUGAAAUAGUGGCUGCCGACAAAGACGACAAAAGUCUUAUCGUAUACAAAAAGGCGCUGCUUGGUGAAGCGGAGAGUGAAAAAAUCAUCGUUGACCCAAAUGAUUUAAGAAAAGUGAUUGUUAAAAAACUAUGCCUUUGCGUGGAUGGACGAGAUGACAUGGAAUUGGAUUUAACUGGCGACUUAACCCAAUUAAAGAAACAGGUCUUUGUUAUUAAGGAAGGCAUACGCUACAAGGUGCGAAUCGAUUUUAUAGUUCAAAGAGAAAUUGUCCAUGGCCUUAAAUAUGUACAAAAGACUUAUAGAUUGGGAGUGCCAGUUGAUAAAAUGACACAUAUGGUUGGCUCCUACCCACCCAAAAAGGACAUUAUAUCCUACCUAACACCUUUCGAGGAAGCACCAUCGGGAAUGAUGGCCAGAGGUACAUAUUCCGUUUCGUCUCUCUUCACCGAUGAUGACAAGAAUGUUCAUCUUAAAUGGGAUUGGACAUUUGAAAUAAAAAAAGACUGGGAAUAAACACACAACAUGCUAACAAUAUCUUAUUGCAGUCAUUAUAAAUCUUCCUAAACAAAAAAUAACAAAAACCACAAGAAAAUAAUAAAACAACAAAAAACAACAUUGUAUAACAAUAAUAUUCUUAUAAAUUUUUAUCCUUGAUAUAAGAAAAAAAAAAAAAAGCAGAAAAAUAAAAA